UCUCUCUCUCUAAUGACAGUUCCCUUAUCUCUCAGAACCAGUUCCUCUAUGUAAGGGACUUGUAUGUUCUGCUUAAAUGAAUAGUCUGUUGUAUUUAAAAAUUUGUAAAUAUUUCUUUUGCUUUCAUUCUUUUUGUUUCCUAUAGCCUUGUGUUAACCACUUAAGUGCAUUCUGUCUGUUUUCGCUUCAUGGUUGAACAAAUCUGGCAGCCACUAGAGCUGCUCAUCCAGGAUCCCAGAGCAGCAUCUGAACCAGAGCAGGGCUGAUCUCAGACCUGCAUGUGACAUCUGCUCUCCAGGCAUUCCGAGCAGGAUCGGGUCUGUUACCAAUACAGUAACGACCGAUACACGGAGAUAGCCAGAAGUCAACCAGUCAUGGACCUCUAGGGCACAGGAACAGUAACUGAUGCCUUCUCAAGAGGACACAAGGAGGAGAAGAGAGGCGUGUAAACUCGCAAUGAAUCGCAAAGAGGCCAAGAGCUUACCCAGAGUGACAUCAAGCCGUAACUGCUUAUCAUUGGAGCUGGUCCACUUCAGAAGAACAAGCGGACGCACAUGCUUCCUACUGGCUCUGUCUGUAUGCCAGACCAGAAUGCCGCUAACAGGCACAGACAAGCGGCUGCGUAAGGCAGAAGUCUGCCCAUAGCCCAGGUGGGGUGAAAUGUCAAAGGGCCGCACUGACUCGGCGAAUGACUUGCCCCAGCGCUUCGGAGAUAAGCAGAGCUCUGCUCAGCCCCUCCCACGGCUACCUGACCCGUGCCCUGAGCCUAGACGACCUCAUCCAGCAUUGUCUUCUCUGCUUUGACUCGGAAGGAAAGCUCAGCAGGAGUUCCCAGCUGGUCCAAAUGACCUUGAUGAUGCACAACUGGGUGGUGCCUUCCCACGUCUUUGCACAGAAGCUGGUCUCUCUUUAUAAGGACUGCCCUGUGGACAGUAGAGGGCAGCGGCGUGCACAAAUAUGCCAUUUUAUCAGGCAGUGGAUUACGAAGUUCCCAGAUGUGUUUGAAGCUGACCCCUUGCUGGAGAGGGUGAUGAGUGACCUGUGGACCCUAGUAAGGAAAGAGGGGGAGGAGAUGCACCAGCAGCUGAUUGACACAUCCUGCCUUAACGCCCCAGUGCCUCCAUCCCUGGCCCCUUCUCCCUCGAUGAAGAAGCGGAAGGUGUCUCUCCUCUUUGACCACAUGGAGCCAGGAGAGCUGGCGGAGCACCUCAGCUACCUAGAGUUUGAAAACUUCCGCAGCGUCUCGUACCUGGAUUACCGUAGCUAUGUAGUGAACGGUUCAGUGCGUGGCAACCCAGCCCUGGAACGCUCAGUGAUGAUGUGCAACGGGGUCUCCCAGUGGGUGCAGCUGAUGAUCCUGAGCAGGCACACCGCACAGCAGAGGGCCCAUGUUUUCACCAAGUUCAUCCAAGUUGCCCAGAAGUUGCGCACCCUACAGAACUUCAACACUCUAAUGGCUGUGAUGGGGGGCCUUUGCCACAGUUCCAUCUCCCGCCUCAAAGACACGUCCAGCUUACUGCCUCAGGACAUCACAAAGACCCUGAGUGAGAUGACUGACCUGCUGUCAUCUUACAGUAACUACAGCAAUUACCGCCGGGUGUACAGUGAAUGCACAGGUUUCAAGGUACCCAUCCUAGGGGUACACCUCAAGGAUCUGAUCUCCCUGAACGAGGUUCUGCCUGACUACCUGGAGGACAAUAAGAUCAACUUGGGCAAGCUGCAGAACCUCUACACUAAUGUCAAUGAUCUUCUGGGCAUUCACUCCUGUAAACCACCCUUUGAGGCCAACAAAGACUUGCUACAUCUUCUCACGCUGUCUCUAGACCUGUAUUACACUGAUGAUGAGAUAUAUGAGCUGUCGUAUGCCAAGGAACCCAAGAACCCCAAGAUACAGCCUGCUAUGCCAGUCAAAGUUCCAGUAAUAGCAGAAUGGGGAUCAGGAGUGACACCUAGAAUUGACCCUGACACCAUCUCUAAACAUGUGAAACAAACAGUUGAUUCCAUAAUGAAGAAUUACGAUCACAACCUUGAUGGUUACAUUUCCCUAGAGGACUUUGAGAAAAUCGCCGCCAGUUUUCCUUUUUCCUUCUGUACUCAUGAAGGUGACAGGGAAGGAGAAAUUAGCCGGAAUGAAAUCAACUCCUACUUCAUGAGGGGGAUGUCCGUGUGCGCCAAGCUAGGCCUCAAAUUUCUGCACAAUUUCCAUGAGACCACGUACAAGAAGCCCACCUUCUGCAACACCUGCAGAGGCUUUCUUUGGGGUGUAAUUAAGCAGGGUUAUCGGUGCAAAGACUGCGGGGUAAACUGUCACAGGCAAUGUAAGGAUCAAGUCGGGAUGGAGUGUGUGAGAAAGGUCAAGGUUUCUGGAGGGUCCUGUCCCUGCACUCCUGCUCCUGAUCACAGAGCUAAAGGUCACAGCUGUAGCUCCGAAGAGGACAGCUUUGUGUUCCCACCAAGUGAUGGAGCAGAGCUCAUGGAGGAGGCCUUCCCAGCACAGGCAAAUGAGCGGGAUUCUCAGCGUUUGGAUCGAUCCACCCAAACAGACCCAGGGGUGUGGACACCGGGGCUUGUUAACAAAAGGGGGGACGAGGCAAAUUCACAAGCCCUGGGUUCAUCUCCAGGAAAGGACGCUGUGCAUGACCCAAAAAUACAAACAGUGGGGAAGAAGUCUCGUUCUGCCAGGCUACAGCGAUCACGCGGGGUCUCCAUGCCAGUCUCCAUGCUACAGGAGAAGAUGGAGGACCUGCAGCUAUAUAAACAAAAUGCUGGAGGAACAGGCUGAUUUGCUCUAGGAACAGCAGCCAGCUGGCUAGAAUAAGCAGGGACUUAUAUCCACAGUUCUUACAAAAUCAGAGAGACAAUGGGUUUGAAGGCACAACUUCAACCUGCUAAUGGGGCCCAGCCUGAAGUUCUGAGCAGUUAAUGUAAGAUGAACCAAGCUCCCGACACAGCAUCGUAUCGCCACUACAGUUUCCAAAAUUCGUCGAUUUGGAGAUACAAUUGUUACAAAGACUUUCCUACUGGGUGCUGACUCCAAUGACUAAAACAGUGCUGUACUGUUCCAAGACAAGUGGUGAAAACCCAUUCCAAGCUCAGAUCUUCAUUGGUUUUGGACAUUUCAGUGAUUUUUCAUUAAUUCAACACUCAUUUCUCCCUGGUAGCAAAAUCAGAGUGUUAAAUAAACUUUUAAGACACAAUCUAGAGCAGAAUGACCAAUGGAGUAUCUUGCCAUUUGUUGUUCCCUAGAUUCCUACCACUUGAUUAUUCUUGGUCAUUCAACACCCCAGUCCCUCUUAAAGAUCCACAAUGUAGCAGCUAAAAUAUAAUUUUCAUUCUCCAACUAAUCAAAUCUUUCCUACUAAAUGUAGUAGUUUUUAUUUAUUUCUGUGUGCAUUAAUUACGCGCCUAAAACCUGUUUUGUGGUGACUGUGGUCGAUGUGUUGUUUGUGAUAUUUUUCUUAUUUUGGGAAAACAAAGAUGUUUUAUAAAACAUGACUUGUGCUGGCAAUUAUAAAUAUUUAUUUUAUUGCUUAGCUCUUUUUAUUAUUAUUUUAUUUUACAUACUCCUACAGUUUUACCUGUUUAGCAGUUUGCCAUUACCUGAUCAGCAGUUUUCCAUUAACUGGAACUAAAAGGUACAACAGUUGAGCCCUUCCACCAUAUCCAGAUCUUCAGGCUACUAAGUGUAUCUCUGUCGUUAACCAAGCUACCAGCUGUCUUAAUUAUUUGAGAUAUCCUUAAAGCAAUCAGAAGUAAAUGGAGAAUGAAGCCAUUCACUUUACUGUCUUUAAAAGGAUUGUGCAUGGAUUAAAAUGCAUUGGUUUAAAAAGUGCAAAGGUCCUGACAAAAUGAAUCCUGUCCAUGUUUUACAGGAAAAAUAUAGAAAAUGCUGAGAGAAAAAGAUGUCAGAUCACUUUAAAUAAUAAUGACAAAACCAUAAUAAUGAA